UAGCAAUUAAACGCUCUGUUAUUUUCCCCCAUUUCCUUCUCCUUCCCGGGGACCCGUGUGCUCUGUAAGGCAGCCCAGCGUGGCUGUGAGGCCAGGGCAGGCGCGGAGGGCAGAGCAGGGCCAUGGAGGCAGCGGACGUGCCGCCCGAGGGCUACUCGCUGAUCAAGGCCGUGUACCAGCGGCGGCUGCGCCUGACGCGGCUGCUGAUCGACGGCGGCGCCUACGUCAACGAGAGCAACAGCCGCGGCGAGACCCCGCUCAUGGUGGCCUGCAUGACCCCGCACGCCGACCUGCAGAGCGCCAGCAAGGCCAGGAUGGUCAAGUACCUGCUGGACAACAAGGCUGACCCCAACAUCCAGGACAAGUCGGGCAAGACGGCCCUGAUGCACGCCUGCCUGGAGAAGGCAGGCCCCGAGGUGGUGUCGCUGCUGCUGAUGAGCGGCGCUGACCCCAGCCUGCCGGACCACUCCAACCGCUCUGCGCUGGUGUACGCCAUCAACGCAGCCGACAGAGACACGCUGGAGCUGCUGCUGAAGGCCUGCAAGGCGCGAGGGAAAGAGGUCAUCAUCAUCACCACGGACAAGUCUGCCUCGGGGAGGCAGAAGACAAAGCAGUACCUGAACGUGCCUCCUCCAGACCUCGAGGAAUGCACUUCCCCAGCCAACUGCACCUCCCCAUCAGAGGUAGAACCACACGAGGGUCCGGAAGACCCAUUCAGCUAUAAAGAGCUGUAUGGUGGGCAGCAGGGGGACAACUCAUCUGAAAGAAUGCCACUGAUGACCAAAUCCAGCUCCACACCAGCACGCUUCAAGCUGACACAGGUGCUGCAGUGUGAUCCGUGGCUGAAGUGCUGCCCAGCAGUGUUCCAGCAGAGGAAAAGUGCUUCUCCACAAGAACUCCAGAGUAUCAGUCCCAUGGAAGAGCUCUCCUGUAAGGUCGGUGGCCUUGACUUGUGCAAGAGUGUCGCCACCAGUCAUGAAAGUAGAGACAGGAAGGACACUGCUCAGGUGCUGAGAACCUCUGAUCAAACCAUGUCAAGGAAAGCACUACGUGAUGCAAUAAACUAUCAGACUCCUUUUGUUGAAGAGAAACAUAACCCCAGUGAGAUUCCCAUGGGCAUGGAUGCCAGUUUGGGACAAAUCAGCUUGCUUUCAAACCUUGGCAAUAUUAUCAAGAAAGGAAGUGGAGAAGCAAAUUACAACAUCUCCGGUUCUCAGUUAACUAACAGUCUAAUUCCUGCUGCUGAUACCAAAGGUAGUAAGUCAUCAAAAGGAACUAAAGAGAUUCUUCCCACAUACCAGACUUUGCUACCAAGUCCAAGAAGAGGUCUGGAGAUGUCUCCUGUUUCUCCAAGAGGCAGAAAUCAGGCUCCUCUAGAGGAAGAGGGCUCAGGAGCCUUAGUGUUGGAUCAGACAAGGCCAGGUUUUCUGCCUCCACUGAAUGUGAGCCCCCGGCCCCCAGUUCCAGAGCUCACUGUCAUAAACACAGUCUCUGGAAUGAUUUCUUACGGACAAACUCACUUAGUACCCCCAGGAUCUGCCUUCCCUAAGGGGACCAAAGAGACGAACCUGCUGCGGAGGAGGCCGUAUGAGCAGAUCACAGUCUGAGCAGGUUCAGCAGUCACUGAAUCUUUAACAGGAGAGCAAAGGGGAUCUUUAUGAUAUGUAAAUAUUCAGUGCAGUUCUUGACUGUAAUGGUAUGUAUCACAAAAUAGAGCAGGUCUGUGAUGUAAAGUAGUGUCUGCCUCAGGAUGAGUGGUACAGCUCAGAAACUAAAUGAAAAGACAUCUAAUGAGGCUGUCUUCUGCAAACUAAGAAGUGUUUGUUUUGCUGAUUUUGUAAGGUUUUCAACUUGCCUGUGACAGACAACCCACAACGGUCCUUAAGCAUUGCAGUUCUCACUGUAGGUUGUAAAUACUACCCCUCCAAGCUUUCCCCAAACACACACCCUGGCAGCACCCAGAGAGGGCGGUGCCCGUGGCGUUUGGGACCCCGGAGCGUCUGACUGUGGUGCUGGACAGCGGACUGCCCGUGUCCAGGUUGUACAUACGCAGAAACCCCAGAGACAGCGGCGUGCGCGGGGCGGGUGGCAGCAGGCGCACUCGGCAGUGUGUCCUGGCCGCAGCGGCCUCGCACACACGUCCCAGCUGGUGACACCGCUGUCGCAGGGCUGUGCUGCCAGCGCGCCCCGGAGCCCGGCUGGCCCCGGGAGCCGGCGGUGGCAGCCCCGGAGCUCUGCAGCGCUGCCGGGAGCCAGCAGGGCGAGUGACCGACCUGCCCGGGGUGUGCCACAAGCCAGCCCCUCUCAGGCUGUCCCCGGCACCGCGCACCGCGGGCUGCUGCAGCUGCAACCUCUGGAACCCGCUCCAGAGGGACUUUUUAAUUGAAAAAAGCGAGAAAAAGAGCUUUUAUUUGGGAAAAGCGAGGGUGCGGGGGGCAGAGCCUGCGCCUGGAACAGGCUCUGUAGCCUCCUGCAGUUCUGGAGCUCCCAAAAGGAGACCUGCCCGGCAGGCGGGGGCAAUCUGCCCCAGUGAGAGCGCUCCUCACCGGGGCACGGACACCGGGACACAGCCGGAGUGUCUGCGGGAGCAGGGGCACUGCACACACACACACACACGCACAUUUGGGAGCAGGGAGCGCUGUCCUCUGCUCAGACAGACCCAGAAAAGAUAACCCAACAGCUUCAGGGAAGGUGAGGCCCUGGCACAGUUUCCCCAGAGAAGCUGUGGCUGCCCCAUCCCUGGGAAUGUUCCAGUGGCUUGGAGCCACCUGGUCUAGUGGAAGGUGUCCCUGCCCUGGCAGGGGCCUUGGAAUGAGAUGGGCUUUUAUUUCAGGUGGUUUCCAACCCAAAACUCUCUGUGAUCCUGUGAGUCUAAUUAUGAAACUCACCCGGGAGAUGGAAACCCACAUUUUGCCUAGUUUGAAACAGAGGGCUGAAUUUCCCACAAGUGGAAAGCAGUCCUCUGCAGCCUCCGAGCUGCUGUGUAUUUUUAAGUAUCUCUAAAAAUCUUUAUUUCCUUUAGUGUCUUGUGAUUCCAAGUGUCUCCCUUGUCUUUGUGUGCAUCCUAUAGAUGCUGGAUUUCUGGUAUUGCAUUUAGAUCUCGUCUUCUAAAUUUUGAGAAAAAGUGAAUGUGUUCUGUUGUUGUAAUUUGCAGAAAUUAGUUGUAUUGAAAUGGUGUCUGUGUAAUGUGAAUUUCAGUAUACUGAAAUUAGGUAUUUAUUUCCUGGAAAUACUCAGUGGGUAUGUUGCAGCUUCAGUCAAAGUUCACCAAAUCUGACAUUGCCUAAGAACAGCCUGUAAUGUUAUUUAGCUUUGCACUUAGUAGGAGACAAUUUAACGGGGAUCUUAACAUAAAACAGUGCUACGGGGAUCGUAAACAUAAACCAGUUCAAAGAGGAUCGGAGACAUAAAACAAUUUGAAGGGGAUCACAAACAUACAAAUAUUUAAUGGGGAUCAUCACCAUAAAACAAUUUAAUGGGGAUUCUAAGCAUUAAACCAUUUAAAGGGGAUUAUAAACAUAUACUCUCUGUAAAUAACUUUUUGGGAGUAUUUGUUUCCAUUCAGGUUCUGCCUUUUCCUUCAGGAGAUUUUCCUGGAUCAGGCCCUGUGUACACCAGGUACAAAAAAGGAUUAUGUGGACAUAUUUUUAUGAAAUUAUGUGGAACAACAUAUGUCAGUAUUAACUGAGUACAAAUUAGUCCCUACAUAGAAUACACUUUCCAAAUGUUUUUAUGAUAAUACAAAAGGAAAUGGCAACUUCUCAUCUGUUCAUCUCUCACUUAACUUAGUGAAGUUAAAUAUCUGAAGGGGAAAAUAGACCUUUAAAAAUCAAAAAUUCUUUCUUAGAAGACAUUGACUAUCACCAGGUGUUCCAACUGGUAUCUUUACUGAGGGUAUGAAGCCCAAUUUACGCUGUUUUGGUUUUAAAAUUAAUUACGUAUCUGGGACUCUGGCUCCCUUAAAUUAAACCAUAAUUUUUCUAUUAAAUGCUCAGACGUUGGAGGGAAGUGGCAAGUGUCUUGAAAAGGGAAGUUUUUUGGUAGUGUUACCAGUAUUUUGUGAUUAAUUGUGAUGCAAAGUAGUGUGAAAUGUUAAUAUUAUUGUUUGUGUUACUGUUACAAGUGACCUUCAAAGGAAAAAGCUUUGUUCUCUUGCUGUUGUUAUGCUGAAUAAAUAAAAGUUAUUUUUCCCCCUCAGAGAGAACAUGGAAAUAA